CAUGUAUCAUCUCCUCAAAGGGUUCUACGAAUAUUUCACUAGAAAGGAGGAGUUCUCGGUGAUUAUCCUUGGACUUGACGGCGCUGGCAAGACAACAUUGCUGGAGAAGAUCAAGACCCUAUACAGUGACACUCCAGGCCUUCCUUCGGACAAGAUUGCGCCGACAGUCGGUCAGAACAUGGGUAAGAUAACGUUACCGUCUACCAUCCUGCAGUUUUGGGACCUGGGCGGUCAAAGGGGUAUUCGCUCCAUAUGGCACCGUUACUACGAUGAUUGCCAUGCUGUCGUUUUCGUCCUGGACGCCCAGGACCGAGAGAGAUUGGGCGAAGGCUGGGAAGUAUUCGACAACGUCCUUUCAAAUCCCAAGAUCCUCGGUGUUCCGUUGCUGCUGCUCGCGAAUAAGCAGGACAGCCCGCACAGCCUCUCUGGCGAAGAGAUCCGGAAUGACUACGAAGAAUGGUAUCGGAGUAAACAGGAUGCGGCUCGUCGGAGGUAUGGGGAUGAGAUUGAGUUAGAACACCGCAGAGACCGGAUUGCCAGUCUCGAUGUAAUGGGCAUAUCCGCACUGGAAGGGACCGGUGUCCGAGCAGCAGUGGACUGGCUGUUCAUUCGAGUACAGAAUAGUUGCCGAAGGGAUGAGCAAAUAGACGGUAGAUAACUUUGCUCGCGCACAAGCAUACACACCUGCUGCUUCACUCUCAGCCGCGAAGGACUUGCCAGUGGACGACGGGUGAUUUCUAUGAAAUGCGACGUUUAUCUCCAGAGUGUUGCGUGCUACAGAAUGAAUAUUUCAUGUUUAUUUGUUUCUGUGUAC